AUGAAUGGCGACAGUGAGAUCGCUGGUCGUAUCGCAGCUGCUCGGCGAGAAGCAGAAGCAUUAAAGGAGCGUAUUAAACGAAGAAAAGAAGCCUUAGAAGAUAGCACACUCCAAGAAAUGGCCAAAGAUAUCGAAUCAUUGCCGCGUAUUGUGAUGAAGGCUCGCCGCACACUCAAAGGCCACCUUGCCAAAAUCUACUCGAUGCAUUGGGGAGCGGAUAAGCGGCAUAUCGUCUCUGCUUCACAGGAUGGCAAGCUCAUUGUAUGGGAUGCUUAUACCACCAACAAAGUCCAUGCGAUCCCUUUACGUUCUUCCUGGGUGAUGACAUGUGCCUAUUCGGCAUCAGGCAAUUUUGUUGCAUGUGGAGGUCUCGAUAAUAUUUGCUCCAUCUACAAUCUCAGAACACGCGAUGGCCCUGUUAGACCAGCUCGAGAAUUAUCAGCACAUACGGGCUACCUUAGCUGUUGCCGCUUCAUCAAUGAUAGGCAAAUUCUUACUUCGAGUGGGGAUAAAUCAGCUAUGCUAUUUGAUAUCGAUGCUGGUGUCAAAACGGAGGAAUUUGCAGAUCAUUCGGGAGAUGUCAUGAGUCUUUCGAUUGGACCCAAUCCAAACGUCUUUGUCACUGGUGCAUGUGAUACAACGGUCAAAGUGUGGGAUAUUCGUACCAAGCGAUGUGUACAAACUUUUGUUGGUCAUGAAUCCGAUGUUAAUGCCGUGCAGUUCUUCCCUAAUGGUGACGCAAUCGUUAGCGGCUCUGACGACUCCACUUGCAAACUCUUUGAUUUACGGGCAGAUACAGAGCUCUGCACCUAUACCCACGAAUCAAUCCUUUGUGGUAUCACAUCGGUCGAUUUCUCAGUUUCGGGCCGUUUGCUGUUUGCUGGUUACGAUGAUUACAAUUGCAAUGUUUGGGAUACGCUCAAGGGUGAACGAGUGGGUGUCUUAUCAUCUCAUGAGAACCGUGUUUCAUGUUUGGGUGUGUCAAAUGAUGGCAUGGCUCUUUGCACAGGUAGUUGGGAUGCCACUCUCAAGGUUUGGGCGUGA